CCAGCAUGGCCGGCCGGGACCCCACCUUCCCGCUGCACCGGCUCGUCUGGGCGAACCGGCACCGCGAACUGGAGGCCGCGCUGCACAGCCGCCAGCACGACAUUGAGCAGGAGGACCCCCGGGGGCGCACCCCGCUGGAGCUGGCCGUGUCCCUGGGGAACUUGGAGUCGGUGAGAGUCCUUCUCCGGCACAACGCCAACGUGGCCAAAGAGAGCCGGCAGGGCUGGGCAGUCCUGCAGGAGGCGGUGAGCACUGGCGACCCCGAGAUGGUGCAAUUGGUGCUCCAGUAUCGGAAUUUCCAGAGGGCCACGCAGAGGCUGGCCGGCAUCCCGGAGCUGCUCAGCAAACUGCGCCAGGCUCCCGAUUUCUACGUGGAAAUGAAGUGGGAGUUCACCAGCUGGGUGCCCCUCGUGUCCAAGAUGUGCCCGAGUGAUGUGUACCGCGUGUGGAAGCGGGGCGAGAGCCUGCGGGUGGACACCAGUCUCCUGGGCUUCGAGCACAUGGCUUGGCAGCGUGGCCGGAGGAGCUUCGUCUUCAGGGGCCAGGAGGCGGGAGCCCUGGUCAUGGAAGUGGACCACGACCAGCAGGUGGUGCACACAGAGGUGCUGGGGCUCGCGCUACAGGAGCCCGAAGCACUGCUGGCUGCCAUGCGGCCCAGCAUGGAGCACGUGGCCAGCCGCCUCACCUCUCCUAUCGUCUCCACCCACCUGGACACGCGCAACGUGGCCUUUGAGAGGAACAAAUGUGGAAUCUGGGGAUGGCGGUCAGAGAAGAUGGAGACUGUGAGCGGCUACGAGGCCAAGGUGUACAGCGCUACCAACGUGGAGCUGGUGACGCGCACCCGCACGGAGCACCUCUCUGACCAGGACAAGUCCAGGAGCAAAGCGGGGAAGACUCCGUUCCAGUCCUUCCUGGGGAUGGCUCAGCAGCACUGCUCCCACGGCGGGGCACCCGUGGCGCAGGCAGCCAGCCCCACCAACCCCACGGCCAUCUCCCCCGAUGAGUACUUCGACCCCAACUUCAGCCUGGAGUCCCGAAACAUCGGCCGCCCCAUUGAGAUGUCCAGCAGAGUGCAGAGGUUCAAGGCAACGCUGUGGCUGAGCGAGGAGCACCCGCUGUCCCUGGGCGACCAGGUGACGCCCAUCAUCGACCUCAUGGCUAUCAGCAACGCCCACUUCGCCAAGCUGCGCGACUUCAUCACGCUGCGCCUCCCACCUGGCUUCCCAGUCAAGAUCGAGAUCCCCCUCUUUCAUGUGCUCAACGCCCGCAUCACCUUUAGCAACCUGUGCGGCUGUGACGAGCCGCUGAGCUCGGUGUGGGUGCCGGCCCCCAGCCCCUCCGCCGCCACCUCGGCCGCAGGGAGCCCCUUCCCGUGCGAGGUGGACCCCAGCGUGUUUGAGGUGCCCGCGGGGUACAGCGUGCUGGGCACAGAGCGCAGUGAGCCCCCCCGUGAUGAGGACGACCACCUGCUGCAGUUCGCCAUCCAGCAGAGCCUGCUCGAAGCAGGCACGGAGGCCGAGCAGGUGACUGUCUGGGAAGCACUGACCAACACGCGGCCGGGCACCCACCCCCUGCCCCAGGCCACGGUCUACGAGGAGCAGCUUCAGCUGGAGCGGGCCCUCCAGGAAAGCCUGCGGCUGACCACAGAGCCCUGGGGCCCGGGACCCCCCCAGAGGACGCCCCCAGCCCCGGUCCCCCCAAGCUUUGAGGAGCAGCUUCGCCUGGCCCUGGAGCUGUCCUCGCGCGAGCAGGAGGAGCGGCAGCGGCAGGGGCAGCAGGAGGAGGACGACCUGCAGCGGGUCUUGCAGCUGUCGCUCACCGAGCACUGAGCCGCAGCCCCCCCCCGGGGUCGCCUGCCUUUGUAACCUGUUUAUUUAUAAACUGCCUGGCACCCUGGGGGUGGGCCCAGCCGUGAGCAGAGACAGAAAUAAAGAGACUGUG